AUGGCAAGACUGCCGUCAGCCGUGGUGCUCGAAACCCUAUCCAGGCGCAACAAUCCACAGACAGCAACCAAUACCACAAGCCAAGUCUUGCAAGUCAUCUGCGAAUUCCCGCUCUCUGGCCAAUACGGCGUGGGUUGUCGGGUUUUAUAUUAUAUUCUCGUCGCUGUCUGUUUGGUUAAGAAUAAAUCCGAACUUCUCAAACAAGUCUGUUUAGCUACAGCGUUGAUUUUCCCUGCCGUGGCCGCGAUCCAUGCGGUCGUCCUCGCGGCUCUUCACAACGAUGGUUUCGUCGAUAUGGAUAUCUUUGGAGCAUUUCAAUUAUGCUCAAUAGGAAUCUUGGUUGGUCCCGUUACAGUCAAACGGUCUGGAACUUACUGGAAGGCCUCAGGACGGAAAUUGCUCUUGCCAUGGACCAUCCUUAUCCUUGCCGGAUUAUUGAGUUUGACAGUCGAGUUCUGUCGGACCAAACCACACCCUUGCCCAUAUGACGAUUCCGGCCAACCCACCUCCACCGAGGCGCGGGUGUUCAACUACACUUAUCCCCCUACUUGUAACCUCACCUGUUCAGUUUUCGCUGGCCCGUUCUCUCGUAUUCGACAAGGAUCAGCAAAUAAUGUUUUCGUUGUCCCCGCACCAGAAAGGAUCACUUUUGGCAUGGGCACCCUGUUCGCCGCCGGAUGUUGUAUCCCACCGGUGCUUUAUCUAAUGUCCAUUUGGAUCAAAAUUCUCAAGCAUAACUGGCUGGAGGACUGGGCCAUUCGAGAAGACGAUAAGCAGGGCGCAGGUGGAAGUACAAAAGCUAUCCCACGAAAUAGAAAGGAACUGGUCCGGAAGAUCCUGGACAAUCAGGAAUCCCUCGUGAUUGGCGCUUUCGUAGUCUGUAUUCUUGUCCUGGGCGAGCUGAACUUCUCCAGUGCCCAGGUUAAUUGGCAGAGUGAGCCCAUGUCGGCUGUUGGUAGGCAAUGCUCUCCAUUGACAUGA